GGCGCUGUAACCACCGGGAGCGGGGCGCUCCGCCCCGCGCCGUCGCCGUCUCGGUGACCGCCGCGACCUUCGCUCCCUGACCCCGUGACCGCCGGGGGCGGAAGCGGCGGCGGGGACAUGGCCAAGUACCUGGCGCAGAUCAUUCUGGUGGGGGCCCAGGUGGUCGGACGGGCCUUCAUGCGGGCGCUGCGCCAGGAGUUCGCAGCGAGCCGAGCGGCGGCAGACGCGCGAGGGCGCUCGGAGAGGCCCCAGUCCGCCGCUGCCUCCAGGAUCAUUGGCAUCAGCCUCCAGGAAGCUCAGCAGAUCCUCAACGUUUCAAACCUCAACCCGGAGGAGAUCCAGAAGAACUACGACCACUUGUUCAAGGUGAAUGACAAGUCGGUGGGAGGCUCCUUCUACCUGCAGUCCAAGGUGGUGAGAGCCAAGGAGCGUCUGGACGAGGAGCUCCGCAUCCAGGCCAAGGACGAGAAAGAGAAGGGGUGGAAAGCCGAGACGUGACUCCUGCCACCCCUGCACCCCGUUUCCCUCACCCUUAACUUAUAGAUCCUGGCAGGGCUUCACCGGCACCAGGGCUGCCCGACCGGGAGCAUGGGGACCCGCCGGGGCGUGGGGCAGAGCCAGCUGUGUCCCCGAGAUCGCACCCGUCACCUCCGGCACCCCUCUGUCCCCACCGAGGGCUCCCUGCUGCCAUCGCCACUGUCGUGGACUGAAACAGGAACUUACUUCAACUUCACUUUAUUGUUUUCUUAAUAAACUUCCUCUCUCCUGGAGGAAUAUAGUGU